UCAUGAUCAGCUCGCCAUCACCCUCGAUAACAUCGUUCAACAACAUUCCCUAAACCAGCGUAGUCUACCCGCUGCAGUAGUACAUACGAAAAGAUCCCAAGAAGUAAGAUCGCUGCAGGAUGGCGGCCAGAAUGAUGUAUGGAAGCGAGUCUUCCGCCAAACCAGUGCUCGAUCUCGGUGACAAGACGAACGAAACCUCUUUCUGCCGAUUCUUCGAUUCAAUGCCGAGCCGGCUACCAGGAACUGUCAGACUUUUCGAUAGAGGAGACUACUUCUCAGCCCACGGCCCUGACGCCCUCCUCAUCGCCCAAACCGUCUACAAGACGACCAAUGUCAUCCGUUACCUUGGAUCCGCCACCGCAACUUCCGCUUCCAACUCUGGAUCGUCCUCAUCUACCAACCAGAAGAAAGGUCUCCCUAGUUUGACGCUCUCGAUCACUUUGGCUAAAGGGUUCUUGAGGGAGGCUUUGACUAGUAAACAGAUGAGAGUAGAGAUUUGGGAAGGAGAAGGAGGGAAGAAACAGGGGAAUCGGUGGGAAUUGGGCAAAGAGGCAUCACCCGGUAACAUCCAACAAGUCGAAGACCUGCUGUUCUCCUCGACUGACAACAUCUCCUCGCCGAUCGUCAUGGCCCUCAAGCUCGUUCUCAAGGAUGGGGGAGCGACAAGGCUAAUUGGAGCAGCGUUCGCGGAUGCCAGUGCGAGGAGAUUGGGCGUAGCCGAGUUUCUGGACGACGAGAUGUUCUCCAACACAGAGAGCUUGAUCAUCCAGCUCGGAGUCAAGGAAUGCAUCGUGGUCGAGACGAACGAGACCAAGACGGCUCGAGGCCAGACUAAGAAACGGAAAUCUAUCGCCAUCGACCUAGACGGGGAUGAUCAAGACGACAGUAUGGAAGUCGACCCGCCUACUUCUACCAAGGUAGCAAAAGGCAAAGGAAAGGAUGAUCAGGAUUUCGUCAAGCUGUUGGGGAUGAUCGAGCGGUGUGGAGUGGUCAUCACCGAGGUUCAGACUGGCAUGUUCAAUGCGACGACGGUAGAAUCGGAUGUCAAACGCUUGCUUCACCCUUCAGUGUCAACGGUUGCCAUGCCCGAAUUUGACUUGAAGGCGGCUAGCUCGUGCCUCGCCUGUGUUAUCUCAUAUCUCGACCUACCGAAUACGACAUCUCACCACGGGCAAUGGCGCUUACGCCAUCACGACCUCUCUCAAUACAUGAAACUCGACGCCUCCGCCGUGAAAGCGUUGAACCUGAUGCCGAAUCCGCUUGAAAUGGGAGGGAACAAGAACAUGAGCUUGUAUGGUCUACUGAACCACUGCAAGACGGCUCAAGGGCAGAGGUUACUGGAAAUGUGGUUGAAACAGCCAUUGGUAAACCUUCACGAGAUUCAACAACGACAGAGCCUUGUCGAGGCUUUCGUCGAGGAUGCUAGUACACGCAAGUCGCUCCAAUCGGACUGCCUCAGACCCAUGCCAGACUUCACCAGGAUAACGAAACGCUUCAAUCGGGGGAACGCUUCACUGGAAGAUGUCGUCCGGGUUUAUCAGGCGGUGUGCAAGAUACCACAAAUGAUCUCAUUGCUGCAAGAGGUUCAACCGAUCCAUACUGAGCACAUCGACCUCAUUGAUCGCCUAUACAUCCAACCUUUAAAGCAACACAACGAGGCCUUGGGGCGAUAUGCAUCAAUGGUGGAAGAGACGAUCGAUCUGGAUGAAUUGGCCAACCACAACUACGUCCUGGUAGCUAGUUUCGACCCUCUUCUCGAACGGAUCCGCGACAAGUUGAUUGGCGUCAUGGACGCACUAGACGCGGAACAUAGCAAAGUAGCGGAUGAUAUGUCGUUGGAUAUGGAGAAAAAGCUGCAUCUUGAGAAGCAUCAAGUGUACGGAUACUCAUUGCGAGUCACGAAAGCGGAAGCUGGAAAGCUCAAGGGGAAAUCAAAAUACAUCGAGUUGGCCGUACAAAAGUCUGGAACCAUCUUCACGACACGUACCCUUAAGGGAUUGAGCGAGGAGCAUAACGAUCUUACCACGCAAUAUGAGAAGCAACAACGUAGUUUGGUCAAGGAAGUGGUUGCCAUUGCUGCAUCGUAUACUCCAAUCCUAGAAGUUCUGGACGCUCUGAUCGCUUCGCUCGACGUGAUUGUCAGCUUUGCGCAUGUCUCAGAGAAUGCGCCGAUUGCGUAUGUGAAGCCGACCCUAACCGAGAAAGGCGGAGAUGGGGACCUCGUGGUAGAGCAAGCUAGACAUCCCUGUCUUGAGGUUCAGGAUGAGAUCAACUUCAUACCGAACGAUCACAAAAUGCUUAAGGGGGCCGGAGAGUUCCAGAUCAUUUCAGGAGCAAACAUGGGCGGAAAGUCGACCUACAUCAGACAGAUCGGCGUGAUCGCUCUCAUGGCUCAGAUCGGAUGUUUCGUACCGGCAGAUAGCGCUACGCUCCCGAUAUUUGACUCGAUCCUCGCUCGAGUGGGAGCUGGAGAUAGUCAGUUGAAGGGUGUGUCUACAUUCAUGGCAGAGAUGCUGGAGACAGCGGCCAUCCUCAAGACCGCGACGAAGGAUUCGCUCGUCAUUAUCGAUGAAUUAGGUCGAGGCACAUCGACUUACGACGGGUUCGGCCUGGCCUGGGCCAUUAGCGAACACAUUGCCACCGAAAUCCGCUGCUUCUGCCUCUUUGCCACCCAUUUCCACGAACUAACGACGCUAUCCGAAAGCCUGCCUCAUGUACGAAAUUACAAUGUCCUGACGCACGUCACGCAGCGAGGCGAUAAUGCACAGGAUCGGGAUGUCACCUUUUUGUACAAGGUGGAGGAGGGUGUUUGUGAUCAAAGUUUCGGUAUCCAGGUCGCCGAGAUGGCUAACUUCCCAGAAAACGUCAUCAAGCUUGCCAAGCGUAAAGCAGACGAGCUGGAAGAUUUCGGAGAGAGCGGGGACAUCUUUUCCAAAAUCUCCAAAGAAGAGACGGACGAGGGUACGCUCAUCGUGGAGGAGUUUCUGCGAACAUGGAAGACACGGGUUGAAGCCAGCCAAGCCGGGGCGGAGGAUGAGGAGACGAUGUCUCGGGACCUGCAGAUGGAAAAGCUCAAAGAGGUCGUGGUCGAGUACAGGGACAAGUUUGAGGGUAACGCGUGGGUCCAGGCGGUCCUUACGAACCUGUAGCCAGCUUGCCAGGGCGACGCUACGGCACGGUCGUUGGGCUCGGCUUAUAUUGUAUCGCUGUUAUGAGCGCUUGAGUUGUUGGCAACUGGAUGAUGAUUGUCUACACCCGCAAGCCACUCGGAGCGCUGUCUUGCACAGACUUUCGUGGAUCGAUGUGUGUCCUAAACGCCAAG